GCGCCUCCUACGCAAACAUAUAAAACGCCAGUCUCGCUGAAUCGAGUAAAGAAGUGGGGGAAAAGCAAGAGGCAAGGUCUGGCCGUCAGCACAGGCUGUUUAAGUUAUUGUAAUUUAAGCGUAACCUUAUCGCAUUGAACAACAUGGUUCGUUUUAUCGAGAACAAGGGUGAGUUUGAAGAAGCUCUGAAGGAUGCAGGUUCUAAGCUUGUCAUUGUGGAUUUCACAGCCACUUGGUGUGGGCCAUGCAAAAUGAUUUCUCCCAUUUUUGAAUUACUUGCUGAAGAACACAAAGAUGUAGUGUUUCUAAAGGUUGAUGUGGAUGAGGCUCAGGACGUUGCUGAAAUGUGUAACGUCAGCAGCAUGCCAACAUUCCAGUUCUUCAAAAAUGGCCAGAAGGUUGAAGAAUUUUCAGGAGCCAACAAGGAGAAGCUUAAAGAAACACUACUGAAACACAAGUAGAUUCUAGUUGGCUGUUGAAUAAAAAAAUUAUGAAUUAUUAUUAUUAUUAUUUUUUUUCUAGUUAUCAGGUAUGUGAAAUAACACCCCUAUUACUGAAAUUGCAGUCAAUAAAUCAACUUUGAACUCCUAAA